AUGAAUGGUUAUUUAACAUUAGCCUACUUGUCUAAUAGAUAUUUUCCUAGGUUAGAAUUAAAAAAACUUAAUUUACUAUCAAAUAGAUUUAUGAAUAUUAAUGAAACUGCACAUCAUGCUUCAAAUCAUUUAAAUGAUAAUUCUAAUAUAUAUGAUAAAAAUUAUUGGUCUUUAAAUGUAAAUUCUAUACGUUGGAAUAAGUUGUUACAAACGAGUAAAUUGAAAAAUUCUCAUUUUACUGAAGGUUAUGAAUUUAUGUUUUAUAAAAUUUUAUCAUUACCUGGUAAAAGAUAUAUUAUUUUUCAAGAACCAGCAAUAGAAACUCAACUUAAGGAGAACCCAUGGACAUCUGAAUAUAAGAUUGUAUAUACACGUAUAGCUCGCAUUUGUACAGAAGAUAAAGGGUUUCUUAUGCCAAAUGAUGGAAGUAAACUGUUCACAUCAUUUUUUAAGACAAGGCUUGUAUGUCAAGUUCGUACAAGAACAAAAAACUUAGAUGGAUCACCUAGUAUCUCAUCUACAAAUCGUGAUUUUAAUUAUCUUGUUGCAUUAUCAACAAGUUAUAUACCAGAAAUUAAAAAUGAUUUACUUAUUUAUGGUUUAUUCUCAGCUCGUGAUCCUCAAUUAAAUAAUGAAUUACCAUUAAAAUUAACAAAUAAUCUAGUAACAUCUGGACCAUUGGCAUUAUGUAUUUAUAAACUUUCUAAUGUGGAUAAAAUCAUUGAAUCUAGUGAUUUAAUGUUACGUUUACCAACAUUUUCACCAUCAUAUCAUAAAGAACAAAUAAAUAUAAUUUAUGAAAAUUAUUCAAAAUUCAAUGAUGAACGUGAUUUGUUUACAUAUGGUAGGCAUAGAUUUUCAAAUGGUUUCAAACGAAUAAAUCGUGAUAAAUAUUCAUAUUUAACAAACUUUACAAAGUGUCCAGGUUCAACUACAUCAAAUAAACGUUUAGCAUUAGAAGCAUCAUUAUUAAUUGAUUCAGUUUAUCCAGAAAAAUUAGAUAUUUUUGGUAUGAUUGAAUCGCGUUCACAAAUUACUGGAUUUAUUAUUGAUCCACGUCAUGUUUCUAAAAUUUAUCAAGAUAAAACACAACCUGGACAAAUAAAACAUAUACGUUAUACAAUUUUUUAUGUUGGAACAAAUAAUGGUGAUGUUUACAAAAUGUUAUUAUUCAAUGAAAUAGAAGAUCAUUUCUCUGAAUUAUUUCCAUUUCAAUUAAAUCCAUAUAAAAACAAUAUUAAUUUAACUAAACCAAUUUCAAUUGAUGAUUAUAAUAGAUCCCAAUCAAUGAUCUCAAUGAUAACUUCUGGUCAUAUUUAUAUUAUAAAACAAUUAUUUCUAUCAAAAAACCAUCAUAAAAUAACAAAUUUAUUAUUACUUCAUAAAUCUUAUUUCAAUAAAACUAUACAAAUAAGAUCAAGUAAUGAGGCAUUUAAUUAUUCUACAAUGGAUAUAUUUUCUUUAUUAAUAUUUACACAUGAUACAAUAAUACAAAUUGAAUUAACACAAUGUGAUAAAGUUCAAACGUGUAGAGAAUGUUUAGCGCUCAAAGAUCCAGACUGCUAUUGGAAUAAAAUGUUGAAAAAAUGUGACACUAAUUCAGAAGGGUUAAGCAAUAUUCUGACUGGUUUUCACAAGGACUGUGGGGAAUCAAAUGACGCCGAAUUGAAAAAUCCUGAAAAUUCCGAAAAUUCAGAUCGCCUGAGAAAAUUAGAUCUACUUAAAGUUCCGAUUGAUCUAGUAGCCAGAGGAAAAUUUUCUACUGGAUUAUUAUAUUCAAUUCAAAAUAUUUGGAAAUUGUUGUUUUCUGGAUUUGUCGGUAUAAUCAUUGGUUUAAUCAUAGGUGUAGCACUUCUUAUUAUCAGAAAAAAGUGUUUGAAAUUGUCACAUUCUCGUAUCAACAAACUAUCAAUUACAAAUAACGAAACUACUACAGAUGAAUCAUUUAAACAAAUACAUAAUUUUACUAAUAAUCAAAAUAACUUUCCAAUUAGUCAAUCUAAACAACUACAUGACAUUUCAACGUCUCAUCUUAAAUUUGUAACCAAUUCAAGUAUACCUAUUAAAGAUAAUCAUGAAAUGAUUUUAUCUCAAUUCAAUAACACAAUAGAUCCUUGUGAUCAUCAAAUAAUCAUAGAAUCAAUUCAUAAAAAUAAUGAUAUAGAAUUAUUGACUUCACCUAAACAAACGAUCACUACCAAUUUAUCAUUUGAAGAAGAUCAAAUCAAUAGAUUACAUCUAAAUUCGAAUAAAAUAAAAACUUCUUUUAAAAAUUAUUCAUCAUUUAACAUGAAUAAUGAUAGAAAAACCAUAGAGAUUACUGAUAAUCUUAUUAAUUCUAAUAAUACUAUUGGUUAUAAUUACAAUGUUGAUUUAAGAAAAUGUAAAAAACCAGAACUAUCCACAUUUUUAACAUCAUAA